AUUCUCCGAAAGCGGCAAAAGACAUCAAGUAUUUCGAGUUGUCAGGCAGACGUGCUUUGUGCUCAGUCUCAUCAUCAUUUGAGACAUUUUUGUGAGCGGGACAUUAAAAAGUAUAAUUGAGAGAAAUGUCUGCCAAGGCAGUCGUGAUCUGCCUCUUGUUAGGUCUGUUAAGUGGGGUACAAUCAGCUGCUCACGGGCGCCUUAAGAACAAGGGAGUACGAACCAGGAGCUGCGUCGUGACAGACUUCCAAGUCCACGACGACUUCGACGUCCAACGGUAUGUCGGAACUUGGUACACCAUAUCUCAGAGUGGAGAAGCGCCCACCUCCUUUCAUCGCAGAUCGCACUACAGCUUACAAGAAAAUGGCGUCCUCGCCAUGACGACACGUCGAGUUUCCCCGCAGAAUGGCUGUGCCAGUGGGAUGGAGUUUGUGGCGGAGGCCCAUGUCCCAGAAGGUUCAACGACCCCCUCCAAGCUGCUCCUUCAGCCGCGAGGAGUGCCUGUGCCCGCAGAGGACUACUGGGUGAUAUACACGGACUACGUGGACCACGCCUUGGUCUACAGCUGUUCCCAGAGGAACGAGGAUGGGACCUGUCCUGAGGAUAGAGCUCGGGUGUGGUUCUUGGGGCGGGCUGGAACACUGUCGGUAGAUGCACGUCAUCACAUGGAGUCCUUGCUCUCGGGCUUGUGUGUGGAGGUCAGCAGAAUGCAGGAUAUUUCUACAGGAUGUGAUGCUGAGCUUGGAGUUCCAACGUCAGUAGAGGCAAUGCCGCAUGCUCAUGGAGGAAUGGUAUCAUCAACAUGUCUUGUGAAUGACAUCCAUACUAUGGCAAACUUUGACAAAAACCAGUACACGGGCACCUGGUAUGUGAUAUCUCAUCUCCAGGGCGACAUCUACCCCUACCAUAGGAUCUCACAUUAUACACUGGAUGAACAGAACUCGUUCAGGAUGCUCACACACAGAAUAACAAGCCCUGGUGAAUGCUCCACUGCUUGGAAGUUUGAAGGUCAGGCCUACAAUCCUGACACUUCAGAAACUACCUCUAAGCUGGUCCUGAAACCUUUCGGCAUGCCAGUGUACGGUGAGGACUACUGGGUGAUCUACACAGACUACACCGACCACGCCCUGAUCUACAGCUGCCGGGAGACGAACGAGGAUGGGACCUGCAAGGCGGAGGCCUCUCACGCCUGGAUGAUGAGCCGUGACCCGACCUUGACCCCUGCCGCCAGGUCGCACAUGGAGAUGCUGCUGACGGAGAUGUGUGUAGAUGUUUCCCGGCUGGUCGAUACACCUCAUGAAUGUGAUGAACUUCUUGGACCUGAGAGCCUUAUUGACCAAGGUAGGAUUAUUGCUCCUCUACAUGUGUUUCUAUGGAGGAAUGUCCUCAAAGUCCUAUCACUCUAGAACAUCAAUUCU